AGGAACAUCUGCUUCUUGUACUCCGUCAAAACGAUUUUAUUCCAAGAGUAGCUGGUGAUGAUCCUUGAUGUUCCGUAGCUCACCGGUACUGAGACUGUACCCAACAUCUCCCCGUCUGCUUGCGUACAUACGGAAACAACGCAAACCUCAGCAGUUGCCGCAAAAGGUCACAUCAUCAGCCAACCGUCCCGUCCGCAGCGAAUUCUUGAAUCUAUCGACGCUAUAUUCUCAGCAAACAUUAUGGGUUCAAAGAAUUUUGCUCGGGGAGGCAACAAAGGUGGCGGAGGAGGUCGCCACGGUAAGAAGAGAGAUUUGGGCCGAACGGAAUGGGCAAAAACAAAAGGAGACAAACGACAGCGUAACGAAGACGAACAAGCCUCGAAGCGACAGCGGGUUGACGAUGGCAAACCCGAGUUACCGAUCUAUGCGACCAAGUUCAGCGACGAAGUCCUGGCUGCGGAAGAGAGAAGACCCAAGAAGAAGGUAGCAGUCCUCAUCGGCUAUGCAGGCACAGGUUACAGGGGAAUGCAAUUUACCUAUGACCACAAAACCAUCGAGGGUGACCUCUUCAAAGCAUUCGUCGCUGCGGGGGCCGUUUCGAAAGCCAAUGCCGACGAUCCCAAAAAGUCCUCGUUUGUGCGAUGUGCGCGAACUGACAAGGGUGUCCAUGCCGCAGGCAAUGUCAUUUCUUUGAAGUUGAUCGUCGAAGACGAAGACAUCGUCCAAAAAAUCAAUGACAAUCUGGUUCCACAGAUACGAGUUUGGGGCUUUGAAAGGACAAUCAACAGUUUCAGCGCAUACCAGAUGGUCGACUCGCGGAUAUACGAGUAUCUUAUUCCUACGCACAGUUUCCUACCCCCUCAUCCCAGUAGUUUUCUGGGGAGAGCACUCGAAGAGUGGGCCCAGAAGAAAGACGAUCUAGAAAAGUACAGGGAAAGACAGGAGGAAGUCGCUGGCUAUUGGGAAAAGGUCGAUAAGGAGAUCAUUGAGCCAAUACUGGCCGAGUACGAUGAUGAUAUUAGGAGUAUUCUCCAAAAGGCGCUUUGGAUGAAGUCUGGCAACCCUGAUGCGACAGCAAGCGAGGAGCAGGGACUUAUCGACCUUGAAGACGUCUACCACGAAAGCGAGGGCAGUGAAGCUUCCCAAAAUGAUUUGGGGAAAUCUGAUGAGAAUGGGACAUCAUCCGAACAAGCAGUCAAAGGUGCCGUUGUCGACAAGUCACAAGGAGAGAACGAACAAAACAACAGGGCAAACGGCACGACUGCUGAUGAAGUGACCGAGGAAGCUGAAGCAGUAGAUGGAGAUGGUCAGGCCAAAGCCACUGGCAAACCAUCGCGGAGCGCAACUUUGCAAGAAGCCAUGAAACGCCUUCGUCAAGCCUACAUAACGGCCAAAAGAGCCUAUCGAAUCCCCAAAACCCGUCUCGACCGGAUCCAAGAUGCCCUGAAUUACUACCAAGGCACUCGCAACUAUCACAAUUUCACCGUUCAGAAAACGUACGACGACGCAUCAGCGAAGCGAGUCAUCAAGUCCUUCGUCGUGAACCCCGAGCCAAUUCUCAUCAACGGCACCGAAUGGCUCAGUAUGAAAGUCCACGGUCAGAGUUUCAUGAUGCACCAGAUCCGCAAGAUGGUGGCGAUGGUUGCGCUGGUCGUGCGAUGUGGUUGUGACCCAGAUCGGAUCAAAGACAGCCUGGGCCAAGAUAACAUCUCGAUCCCCAAGGCGCCCAGUCUGGGCCUUUUGCUGGAAAGGCCCGUCUUCGAUUCCUACAACAAACGGGCCACGAGUGAGAUGUCCAAGGAAGCGAUCGACUUUGACAAGUACAAGACCGAGAUGGACGCGUUCAAGCAGAAACAGAUUUAUGAGCGCAUGUACGAGGAUGAGGAGAAUAUGAACGUCUUUGGAAAUUUCUUCAACCACGUUGACAAUUUCCCCAUCGAGACGUUCCUUUUCGUCACGUCUGGUGGAAUCGAGGCAACAAAAGUGCCUGUCCGACAUGAUGAGAAGAUCGACAAGGAAGAACAAGCACUCGUCGAGGCCGACGUGGAUGGCAAUGGAGAUAGUGAUGUGGAUGAAAACGUCAGGGAUAAUCAUGGUGAUGAAGGAUGAUUUACUACGUUGAAGUUGCUGAAUAGCGUCGCCUUUCUUGAGCAAUGAAUUGAUGGUAUCAGAAUAUGAGGCCAUACUACCC